AUGGCAGUGCGGCGCUUCGUGGGAGCGCUGGCGCGGCGCGCCGUGGAGGCGCUGGCGCGGCGCUUCGUGGAGGUGCUGGCGAUGCUUACCGUGGACGCGCCGGUCGUGAUCAUCGCGCUUGCGGCGGAGUCCGUGGAGCUGGUCGCGAUCGUCGCGCAGCGGGUGGAGGAGGCCGCCGUGCUGAUCCCGUCUCUCGUGCUCCCAGCAGUGGGGGCGCUGGUGCGGCGCUUCGGAGGGUCCCAGAUGCGUCUCAACGUGCCGGCGCUGUUCGGCGCGGCAGUGCAGGCGCUGCGUGGCCUGGGGGCGCAGGUGCUGCCCAGAAUCGAGGUUUAG